AAGCAAAGGAAAGCAAGAUGUCCUCCUCGCUCCUUCCAGCAUCUGCUCUCCCUCUUCCGAUCGAGCUCUAUCUUCAGAUCAUUGAACACGUUAUCGCCACCCCUCAUGGAGCCGUCCCAAUUGCGUUUCCCCCAUCUGAUAUCCGCACACGCACAUUACACUCGCUCCUUUUUGUCUGUAAACCCAUAUCCAAAGCUGCGUCUCCCUACCUCUACACCCACUGUCUUCACCUUAACACUCCCUCCCGUGUGGAGAAGAUCCGAGCGCAAGCCGGCCCUGUCGACAGCGGCUGGCUCAGCAAAUUAAUAUAUGGCAACCCUCAAUACGUCGAACCGCCUCGAAUUACAAGUCUUUACCUUUGCCAUAGCAUCCCGGAAGUACGUAAGGUCCUGGUACACAUACCAGAGUCCGCUGGUGUCAUUGUUUCUGGAAGUGUGUUGAAACACGACUCAUGUCGUGUUUGAACACCCACUCAAGUCGCGGUUGAGCACCUAUUUUAGUGGCUUUAAACACCGACACCGACAGAAGCCAAAAUGGGGUCUUACACACGACUUAAGUGGCACUUGAAGACGACAAACACCAGAGGACCUCGUCUCUGUCCUACUCCCACCCUUCUACUUAUGAAAACCCGCUAACAUAUGUAUUGUCACCUUAAGUGGUAUCAGUAUGAGAAUCUUCGGGUGGCCACCAGCCUGCUCAAGCUCGUGGCGCCGACUUUAAAGCGACUCGCGCUGUUCCUCCCUGUCGGCAACGUAUCGCAGACUGUGAGGUAUGAACUUA